CCCUCCCCUACGGCUGUGCCUUUUAGGCUUCAGGUCCCCGCUCUUCCCCCGGGACUUCGGGUCCUUCCGCUUCUCUGAAGAGUUCUUGUGACUCCUGUUGACCUAACACAGUGAAUGCAGUUAGCUCCGGAGGCUAGUCCAGCCCGCCAACAGUGUCAUUCCCGCUUCUUAGGGUCGCCGGGACCGCGUGCCCUCCAGCUGCCUCCCUCACCAGAUUUUCAGCUACUGAUGUUACAAACAAUAAAAUACUGGAGCAUAGAGUUGAGGAAAAGACUUAAACCAGAUUUUUCUUCAGUCAGUUAAAAAUAUGGAUACUGAAUCAGAGGGACCACAGAUUAUCAAAGUGACACCUCUUCAACAAAUGUUUGCUUCUUGCACUGGCUCUAUACUGACAUCACUAAUGGUGACACCCCUCGAUGUUGUUAAAAUUCGACUCCAAGCCCAAAACAACCCAUUCUCCAAAGGAAAUUGUUUUGUGUAUAGUAAUGGACUUAUGGAUCAUCUAUGUGUCUGUGAAGAGGAAGGCAACAAAGCAUGGUAUAAGAAACCAGGACGUUUCCAGGGUACAUUGGAUGCCUUUUUGAAAAUCAUUAGAAAUGAGGGCAUUAAAUCCCUAUGGAGUGGCCUUCCCCCUACCUUAAUGAUGGCAGUUCCUGCCACAGUUAUUUAUUUUACCUGCUAUGAUCAAUUAUCUGCUCUUCUGAGAUCAAAAUUGGGAGAAAAUGAAAGUCGUAUACCAAUUAUUGCCGGAAUUGUUGCCAGAUUUGGUGCAGUAACUGUGAUAAGUCCAUUAGAAUUGAUUAGAACCAAGAUGCAAUCUAAGAAGUUUUCUUACAAAGAAUUGCAUCGAUUUGUCAGCAAGACAGUGUCUGAAGAUGGUUGGAUUUCCCUUUGGAGGGGCUGGGCUCCUACUAUUCUUAGAGAUGUACCGUUCUCAGCAAUGUACUGGUAUAACUAUGAAGUUUUAAAGAAGUGGUUGUGUGCGAAAUCUGGUUUAUAUGAACCAACGUUUAUGAUCAACUUUACUUCAGGGGCAUUAUCUGGUUCUUUUGCAGCUGUUGCAACUUUGCCAUUUGAUGUGGUAAAAACACAAAAGCAGACUCAACUUUGGAUAUAUGAAAGUCAUAAAAUUUCUAUGCCUUUGCCUAUGUCCACUUGGACUAUCAUGAAGAGCAUUGUUGCUAAGAAUGGAUUUGCAGGAUUAUUUACAGGCCUCAUUCCCCGUUUAAUUAAAAUUGCUCCUGCUUGUGCCGUUAUGAUCAGUACCUAUGAAUUUGGGAAGGCUUUUUUCCAGAAGCAAAAUGCUCGAAGACAGCAAUACUAGUGAUGCUGUUUCAACUUGAAACAACCACCAAAGCCAAAUAAUAAUAAGAUGGAGACUCUUAGGCAAGAACUCUUUCACCAUUAUCUUAAAAUGAUUUUAUAUAUUUCUGUCUUAUAAUUUAAAUGAGCAGUAAUUUCUACUUUGCCUCUGAAUGAUAACCCUAAUUUUAAAUUUUGUUACUCUGAUUUUUGAGAUAUUGAAAAAGAUAUUCCAGAAAUCACAACCAUUAAAUGUUCCUGUAAAGAAAAGAAAAAUUAUUUCUUAGCACUGAAAGUGAUAAUCUCCGAGAGUUUGAUAUUAUAGAUUUCAGUAUAAUGUCGUUGGGAAUGUGUCAAAUAUAUCAGAACAUUUUGAAUUGUGUGCUGAAUGAUGUGCAGAGUCUAGAAGAAAAAUGCCUUUCAUACAUAAAUCAUGCACAUAGAUAUCUAAAUUUUCCAACAAAGUAGUUAAUAGAUGGCAGUCUUUAAAUAACAUUAUUUGCAUUUACCUAAUUACGUAUUAGAUACUUUAAUUCAACUGCACUAGUUUUUUGUUUUGUUUUUGUGUUUUUGUUUUUUUACACCUCCUAUUGCUGUUUUAAGACUUCACCAGUAUUAGGAUUUCUUCGCCCAAAGGUAUGGCUAUUUUAUCUUUAUGAGCCAGAAUAUAACUGUUUAUGUGAUAAAGAUAUUUUUGAUGACUAAAGACUCUGUAUUAUCUACUAUUUCUGCAAGAGAGAAGGAGUCUUUACUGAUUGUAUUAAAUGUUUGGCAAGUGAAUCUUGGGUGUGCAAUGGAGAAAAACCACAUUAUAUUUAGAGUAGUAAAGGUAAUGUUUCAGCCUGCGAAGGGCCUCUGGUUUCAGCCAUCUUGGAAUUCAGGUAUCACUGUUUGUGGAGCUCUUGAGGUCACUAGUAUUGUCUGCUUCUAACAACACUGAGAUUAAUGCAAUAUAAGCCACAAAAUAUUUCCAAAAUGUCCCUUGAUUUUACACAUCUCAUGUUAGUACGCUACAUCAAGAGACUAAAGAGGCAGCCGUUUCCUUGAAGAAAUCGCUUUUAGUCACUACAGGUUAAUGCCUCAGUAAUGUAGCUUAUGGCUGUAGGAAUGAAACAAGGCUAUGAUGGCAGGACAAAGAUAAUGUUCUUUAUUUUUUUGAUUUAUUUUCUCAGGAUCUAUAUGCUAUAAGAAAAAGCACUUUAUUACAGUCUAUGUGUAUGCUAUGAAAAUGUGAAGUAUUUUUUUUCCCCUAAAAUAGAGUAAUUUAGUUAGGUGGACAGACCUCUAGUAUUGGUAGAAGAAUUAUGUAUUUUGUAUAUUAGUAGAAGAGAGUUCAUGUUUCAUCAGAAAUAAACUAUAUGUAGGGUUUGUAUGUAAUCUUUUUUUUAUCCUAUGUUGAUUUAUCUCAAAUUUGCAACAUACGUAUCUAUAAAAUCAUAAAUGUUUAUGAUUUUAACUUAUACUUUCAUUAAACUAUUUUAUGCUUUCUUAAAAUUAUCACUGCUUCAAGCUAAAUAUUUUCAUAUAAAAUCAUUGUUAAUGCUAUACUUCAUUAUAUAAGAAAGUUUAUCUUGAAUACUGCUGUUUAGCAGUAUUAAAUUUAAAUUUACCUUUGUUCUGUUAUGCUUCUUUUUGGUAACUGGUAGAAAAGAGAAAAAUUUGAAUUUAUAAUUAUUAAGAAGCAGUCACAUAUUUCAACUUAAUAGAAAAACCAGUAGGGAAAUCCCCACUGCCCGCCCUCCCCCAAAACAGACUGCGCUUACAGAAAAUUCUUACCAUUUAUGCCUAAAAUAAAUCUAAUUCCCUAGUAGCUUUUCUAGUACAUAUUACAGCUAUGUAUCUGGAUGAAAAGGGUGAACUAAAGCUUUCUUUAUACUUAAGUGGUAAAGAAGCAUUAAAUUUAAACAAAAAAAAGUAGCAACUGAAAAGCACUUGGGCUAGAAAUUACAUUCUUGGUAAUGUUUCUGAAAGCAAAGUUUCAGUCUGUGUGAAAAUACAUUUAUUUCCUUAUGUGUGUGUACAUUUUUUAAAAAGAAAUUAAAUUACUACAUGUUUGCCACCUUCCAUAUAAUACAUAUUUGACUUUUUGAAAAAGUAGAUAUGAAGUUAAAUUUUUCUUUUAUUUUUAGGAAACUAUUCACUAUGCUUAUUUAACCACAUGACUCCUUUAAAUUCUUCCCUGUUUCUGGAGCAUGAAUUCCAGGGAUAUGGGAAAGUUGAGUGUAUCAGGUUUUAAUUUUUUUCCAAAAUGAACUUUUUAAAUAAAUUUUAACCUAUCAUUCAACAUUUACUCAGGUCUUUUAUGUGGUAGGCAGUUUGAGCAGCACUUGAGAGAAGUGCUUCACAUACUGUCACUGGCUACAAGGAGAUGGCAGCUGUGAUUGGCAGAGGUCUGAGGAAUUCUCCACUGAGCUUGGGGGCAGGCAGAGAGGGAGAGUCAGGAAAUGCUUCUAAGAUUAAGACAAACAUACCUGGAGGUGGGAGUCUCAAUCAUCAGACAAUGGAAUUUAGUCCCAGGGAAGGAAAAACAGGAAGGCAACUGGAAACCAAGUAUUUUUGGCACAGGUCUAAUAAUUAUAGAGUUGGGUUUGGGUUUUUUUUUUCCCCCCAAGACCAGCAAUUAUUACUUUAGCUGAAAAGAAAAGAGAGGUAGCAUAGUUUAGCACAGCACACGCCAGAAUGUGUCACCUGUAGUAAGGCCGAGUCUUAGGUAGUGAAACUUUGGUUUCAGUUGGACACUAUAGAAAAUGGGGACUUACAAGGAUUGGUUUGGACCAGAAUAGACUUUGAAAAGGGACCAUAAUGACAUUGAUGUGAUUUUUAUCUGCUCCUUCUUAUCAAACUAAAUAGAAGCUGCUUUGCUUCCGGAAGAACAAAGGGAACCAGUUAAACAAUACUUAAGAGCCCUGAUGUUCAAAGCAGUUGUGUGACAUUCAGAGGUUAUCCAAUGUGUCUGUUAUCAAAACUGGAGAUUUUACCUAAGAAUAGGAACUUUGACAAAGAAUUUCCCUAAGUUGUAAAUUUGAGACACACAUUUAACAACUUGAAAACCUGUGUGUAAAUCUAAUAAAGAUGACUUAAAUAAAAACUUAGUUUACAUAAUUUCAUUUAAUGCUGACAUCAUCUUGAUGCCAUCAUAGGUUCUGAGAAGAUGAUGAUGUUUCCAUUUUAUAGGUGAGGAAAAAAAACAUGGCUUUUAUAUAAUUAGGUUAGUAACUACCAAAAUCACUAUUGUACCACUUCAACAGACACUGUGUAUUGUAAAGCAGAUCAUGUUAUUUUUUUUAAAUAAAAGGUAUUUGAGUUGAAAUAAAGAUUUCUCCAAAA